AUGUUAAAAAAACUUGAGUUAUGGAGAAAACGUGCCCUUCAAAACAAUUUUAACCACUUUCCAACUCUUUAUGCAUUUAUAGAAUCAUCCGAUGAAGUUUUUCCUCAGGACACAAAAGAUAUAAUUAUUGAACACCUCCAAAUUUUGAAACAUUCAUUUCGAAAAUAUUUUCCAGUUCCUGACAAAAAUAAAAAUUGGGUAGUAGACCUAAGGCCAUUGAUGAUUUUUUCAACAACUUAUCUCUGUGAAAAAGGAUUUUCAGCUUAUGUGUACACUAAAAAUAAAUAUAGAAAUCGAUUAAAUAUAGAAUCAGAUUUACGUAUUCAACUUUCUAAUAUAGAUCCUAAAAUACCAGAUUUAGUAUUAAAGAAACAACACCAUCCAUCACAUUAA